CCUACGGACCUGCCGGUCUCCGCUCUAGGACAGCAGCCCCUUUCCCUUAUCCAGUAAAUUUUACUACCUUCUCGGUUCCCUAGCCUCGCAAACGCUACGUCUUAACCUCACGAACAUUGGCCCCUCCUCCCACCCGUAGGAUCCUCCCUUCAUCCUCUCCUCCCUCCCCAGCUUCCAAACGCGUCUUCCCCGCCCCCUUUUCUAUUUCUGAACAGGCAUGUUCGAGGCAGCUUACCCGACUCCUUAGAUUGCUAUGGGAUUGGUAGGGUCCUGAGCGUCUGAGAAACAGGAAGGCGUAUCCCAAGAAGGGUUGCUGGGACUCACAAGAAUUGAGCCCUUCUGGGAUUUUUUUUUUUUUUUUUUUUUUUUUUUUUUUUGGUGGGGGUGUCUCGCUUUUGCGGAGGGAAGACGAGGAGGCUGGGCGGCCGGGUCCAACUUGAGGCAGUGCGAAGGCCCCCUCAGGCGGCGCCGAGGGCAGCCCCUAAGCUGGGGCUUGGCUCAGCCUCCGCGGCCGCUGUCAGGGAAGCGCAGGCGGCCAAUGGAACCCGGGAGCGGCCGCUGCUGCUGAGGCGGCGGUGUCGGCAGCCCGACCCCGACCGCCCGCACCCCCUCCGUGGGGGGGGAGGUCCCCAGGAGUUGAGGAAACAAACUCAGAAGAUAUAUGGUUUGCGUAAGUUUACACAUCUGAUAAUGGCAGAGCUAGGAUCUUGAAUCCCAGGGCAUUUGACUCCAAGUUCAGGAGUCUAUCCACUAUAACUAACUGCUACAGCACAAGAGAAAGGGGUAAUGACGUCAUGAAGCCAGACAAGCAAAGAAUGGCACACUUCAGCAGGGGUGUUGAUGGUUGUUUUAGAACUGUUUUCUUCUCAGUGAAGCCUGGAUGUUAUUGGCUGGCCCUUAUUCCUUGGGAACUUUGAGUAUGAAGGGAAGCUUGGAAGCUUGAAGUUUGGCUGUGGCCAUGGGAGACAUGGUGGUGGAACCUGCCCCGCUGAAGCCAACUUCUGAGCCCACUCCUAGCCCGCCAGAGAAUAAUGGGGGUUCCUUGCUAGGCGUCAUCACAGAGGGGGUCGGGGAACUAUCAGUGAUUGACCCUGAGGUGGCCCAGAAGGCCUGCCAGGAGGUGCUGGAGCAAGUCAAGCUUUUGCAUGGAGGCAUGGCCAUAUCUAACACAGAUACCCCACUGGAGUUGGUCAAUGGGGAUGUUUUGGACAAUGCGAUCCGUUGCUUGGACGAUCCACCUGCCCAGAUAAGGGAGGAGGAAGAUGAAAUGGGGGCCACUGUCGCCUCGAACACAGCCAAAGGAGCGAGGAGGCGGCGGCAGAACAACUCUGCCAAACAAUCCUGGCUGCUGAGGCUAUUUGAGUCCAAACUAUUUGACAUCUCCAUGGCCAUUUCAUACCUGUACAACUCCAAGGAGCCUGGAGUACAAGCCUACAUUGGCAACCGGCUUUUCUGCUUUCGCAAUGAGGAUGUGGAUUUCUAUCUGCCCCAGUUGCUUAACAUGUACAUCCACAUGGAUGAGGACGUGGGUGACGCCAUCAAGCCCUACAUAGUCCAUCGCUGCCGCCAGAGCAUUAACUUUUCCCUCCAGUGCGCCCUGUUGCUUGGGGCCUACUCUUCAGACAUGCACAUUUCCACUCAGCGACACUCCCGUGGGACCAAGCUCCGGAAGCUGAUCCUCUCAGAUGAGCUGAAGCCAGCUCACCGGAAGAGGGAGCUGCCCUCCUUGAGCCCAGCCCCUGACAUGGGGCUGUCUCCCUCUAAGAGGACUCACCAGCGCUCUAAGUCCGAUGCCACCGCCAGCAUAAGUCUCAGCAGCAACCUGAAACGAACAGCCAGCAACCCUAAAGUGGAAAAUGAGGAUGAGGAGCUCUCCUCCAGCACCGAGAGUAUUGAUAAUUCAUUCAGUUCCCCCGUCAGACUGGCUCCUGAGCGAGAAUUCAUCAAGUCCCUGAUGGCGAUUGGCAAGCGGCUGGCCACGCUCCCCACCAAGGAGCAGAAAACACAGAGGCUGAUCUCCGAGCUCUCCCUACUCAACCAUAAGCUCCCUGCCCGAGUCUGGCUGCCCACUGCCGGCUUUGACCACCACGUGGUCCGUGUGCCCCAUACCCAGGCUGUUGUCCUCAACUCCAAGGACAAGGCUCCCUACCUGAUCUAUGUGGAAGUCCUUGAAUGUGAAAACUUUGACACCACCACGGUCCCCGCCCGGAUACCCGAGAACCGAAUUCGGAGCACACGGUCGGUGGAGAACCUGCCCGAAUGUGGUAUCACUCAUGAGCAGCGGGCAGGCAGCUUCAGCACUGUGCCCAACUAUGAUAACGAUGACGAGGCCUGGUCGGUGGAUGACAUCGGCGAGCUACAGGUGGAGCUCCCUGAAGUGCACACCAACAGCUGUGACAACAUUUCCCAGUUCUCUGUGGACAGCAUCACCAGCCAGGAGAGCAAGGAGCCUGUGUUCAUAGCAGCAGGGGACAUCCGACGGAGGCUCUCGGAGCAGCUGGCUCACACCCCCACAGCCUUCAGACGAGACCCGGAAGACCCUUCUGCUGUUGCUCUCAAAGAGCCCUGGCAGGAGAAAGUAAGGCGAAUCAGAGAGGGCUCCCCCUAUGGCCACCUCCCCAAUUGGCGGCUCCUGUCAGUCAUCGUCAAGUGUGGGGAUGAUCUUCGACAGGAGCUCCUGGCCUUCCAGGUGUUGAAGCAACUGCAGUCUAUUUGGGAACAGGAGCGAGUGCCCCUGUGGAUCAAGCCAUACAAGAUCCUUGUGAUUUCUGCUGACAGUGGCAUGAUUGAACCCGUGGUCAACGCUGUGUCCAUUCACCAGGUGAAGAAGCAGUCCCAGCUCUCCUUGCUUGAUUACUUCCUGCAGGAGCACGGCAGUUACACCACUGAGGCAUUCCUCAGUGCACAGCGCAAUUUUGUACAAAGUUGUGCUGGCUAUUGCUUGGUCUGCUACCUACUGCAAGUGAAGGACAGACACAAUGGAAACAUCCUUUUGGAUGCAGAAGGCCACAUCAUCCACAUCGACUUUGGCUUCAUCCUGUCCAGCUCACCCCGAAACCUGGGCUUUGAGACGUCAGCCUUUAAGCUGACCACAGAGUUUGUGGACGUGAGUCAGGAAGGAGAGGUGAUGGGGGGCCUGGAUGGCGACAUGUUCAACUACUACAAGAUGUUGAUGCUGCAGGGGCUGAUCGCUGCUCGGAAGCACAUGGAUAAAGUGGUGCAGAUCGUGGAGAUCAUGCAGCAGGGUUCUCAGCUUCCUUGCUUCCAUGGCUCCAGCACCAUCCGCAACCUCAAAGAGCGGUUCCACAUGAGCAUGACUGAGGAGCAGCUCCAGCUGCUGGUGGAACAGAUGGUGGAUGGCAGCAUGCGCUCCAUCACCACCAAACUCUAUGACGGCUUCCAGUACCUCACCAAUGGCAUCAUGUGACACCCUCCUCCUCAGGCCCAGGAGUGGUGGGGGAUUCAGGGGACCCUCCCUGGGAGGGCCCUUGUCUGAGAAACCCCAAACCAGGAAACCCCACCCACGGGCAAUGGAAGGCAAGAAAUACAGAGGAUCAUGUGGUAACUGUAAAGCUUGCGGGCAGGGGGGGGCGGGGAGGGAGAGCCAGCUGUGGGGCCAACUUGCCGGGGCUUCCCUGCCCCCAGUGGUGUCAUUGUCACCAUCUGAUCAGACUGCGAGACUCACCGCCCUCCAGAGAACAGAGGUGAUAGAUGUUAGGGGCACCAGGGCCUGCCUUCUCACCAGGGUCCAAGAGGUUCUUUCUACAGGCCAUCCUUCCUCUGUUCUGGGUCCCAUGAGUGGAGGGAGGAGGAAGAGUAGGUUCUUGGUACUUGGGACUUGAUCCUGUGGUUGGCCUCUGGCUGUGCUGCUGCCCAACUCUAUCCCCUCCCAGCGACUGGCCUAGGCCGAGUUCCCUUGUUAGGUGGGCUCUGGCGUAGGGUCCUGCACCUACAGAGGUUCCCCAUCCCAGGGGCGGGAAGGGAAGGAUCACAACCCCUCUAGUGGAUGAGGCUAUUGGCCUGGUCACAGGGAAUUCCUUGGCCUGAUCCCUUUCCCACACCCAGGGAAAUAGCUCUCAACUUUUUAUUUUUAAUUUUUGUUUGAAAUAAAGUCCUUAGUUAGCCA